ACGAAAUUAGACCAAUAGUAGUCUUUGACGAGGAUUGUCCAAUAAUGUCCGAAGGUCAUCAACUUUCAUCUGUUCCCCCUGCCAACUAGUCACUAGAUACUCUUCUAAAGAGCUUCUGAAAGUAGUAGAGUUGCAUUAACUUGCAAAAGUCAUCCUUUUUUGUAAAAGUUUUUUUGUCUGAACAAUGGUGAGUUCCUCAACAACGAUCUCUGUUUCAUGUGCCUCAAAGAAGUCUCGAUCUCCUAAACCCCAGAAGAAGAUUACUGUUAAGGUCAAGACCCAACAGGGUGGAGAAGAGGAUGUUUACAAGCUUGGUUAUGGUACACAUCUGAAUAAACUAAUGCAAGCUUACUGCACCAAGAGGAACUUAGAUGAAGGCACUGUCAGAUUCAUCUUCGGCAAAAAACAGCUCAAACCACGAAGCACUCCUGCUCAGUUGAAGAUGAAAGAAGGCGACGUCAUUGAUAUUGUCACCGAUCAAGACGGUGCUUAAUCUCUCCAGAAUUUCUCCAUCAUUUCCGUAUUUGCUCGCAUACCAAGGAAGUGAUUUUUAGGCUUUCUUUUUUAAGAAAAGAAGAAGACGUUCUUUAACUACUUAGAUGUUUCUAAGACAGUUUGAGUUUCCGGUUUGUUGUUUGUUGUUGUUGCGUCUUAAAUGUUUGAACAUCUUGCUGGGCCAAGUUCUCGAUCUACUUAAGAAACUUCGUCA